AUGUCGUGGCUUUGGAAGGGAGAUGCAAAUUCCCCAGCCUCGUUCGAGAAGGCGCUCUCAAAGCUCGCAUCCCAGAUCUCCGCCGCGAACCUCGCACUCGACACCAGUCGCAGUCGCGGCCGUCGAGUCAAAGCCCUAUGGACGCUCUACACCACACUCACGUAUCUCCUCUAUACCCUUCUUGUCGUCCUUGUCCUCGGGCCCCAGAAUUGGAACCCAUAUCACUAUGCCGGUCUCGUUGGUGCACCGGUCCUCAUUUAUGGAAUUCGAAAGCUCAUCGCUGCUCUCUUCGACUGGAGGGCAGGCCGGCAGCAAGCAUAUCUAGAACAUCUACAGAAGCAAAGGGAGCAGAAGAUUGCCGAUCUCAAAAAAGCAACGAAGUACGAUAGCACUGAGGAGCUCCUGCGGAAAUAUGGCGGCGCUCCGCCCAGCAAGACACCAUCGAGACAGCCACAACAGGGUACGAAGCGGAAGGUCAAUACUCCCUCUGACCAACCGCCUCAGCAAAGGACUGGAAUUGCUCCUCCUCCUACAGCCAACAUCCCAGGCAGAAAUAUGCCAACCCCGCUUCCUCAUCAAUCUAAUGGAAAGACCAGCAGACCUUCUACGCCUCCGACCCCCAACACAUCUUCCGUUAUGGUAGACGCAAUGGCAACUAGUCCCACACAUAUCACUCCCGACUCGCCAGGAUUUGCGCCAAAUGCGUUCUCAGAAAUCCCACCGCAGACGAGCACAACCUAUCAACAGACGCCUCAUUGGUACGAUAGGAUCCUCGACGUACUGCUUGGCGAGGAUGAGACAGCGGCCAAGAACAGGUUGGUCUUGCUGUGUUCCAGGUGCCGCCUGGUCAAUGGUCAAGCGCCUCCUGGUAUCAGAUCCCCAGAAGAACUGGGCCGCUGGAGAUGCAGUGGUUGCGGUGCCUGGAAUGGCGUGGAGAAUGAAGGGAUGAAAGUGGUCAAGGAAAUCACCGGAGCGUCGAAACCCGACUCAGGCGAAGGCUGGGAGAAAGUCCCUGGGCCUUCUGAGAUUCAGGAAGAGCCUACCGACGAAGUACCUGCAGGCGUGGAAGGAACCACGGGACUCGAGAGAGCAGAUGGGAGGGGUAUGACCAAGCGAGUUACUCGCAGCGCCGGUCGGAAGAGCUCUUUCGAGUCACUCGAAUGA